UCUCACGGCGCUGAUGGCAACUCCAGGCUCAGGCUUUUGGUCCUUCGGGUCUGAAGAUGGCUCCGGGGAUCCCGAGAACCCCGGCACAGCGAGAGCCUGGUGUCAGGUGGCCCAGAAGUUCACGGGCGGCAUCGGAAACAAGCUGUGCGCCCUGCUCUACGGGGAUUCAGAGAAGCCGGCAGAGAGUGGAGGGAGCCAGCCCGCGCGGGCCACCUCCCGGAAGGCCACCUGUGCCUGUAACCAGAAGCCUUGCAGCUGCCCCAAAGCGGAUGUCAACUAUGCGUUUCUACACGCAACAGACCUGCUGCCAGCCUGUGAUGGAGAAAGGCCCACUUUGGCGUUUCUGCAAGAUGUAAUGGGCAUUUUGCUUCAGUAUGUGGUGAAAAGUUUCGACAGAUCAACCAAAGUGAUUGAUUUCCAUUACCCUAAUGAGCUCCUGCAAGAGUAUAACUGGGAAUUGGCAGACCAACCACAAAAUUUGGAGGAAAUUUUGAUGCAUUGCCAAACGACUCUAAAAUAUGCAAUAAAAACAGGGCAUCCCAGGUACUUCAAUCAACUUUCCACGGGACUGGAUAUGGUUGGAUUAGCAGCAGACUGGCUGACAUCAACAGCAAACACUAAUAUGUUCACCUAUGAAAUUGCUCCAGUAUUUGUGCUCUUGGAAUAUGUCACGCUGAAAAAAAUGAGAGAAAUCAUUGGCUGGCCUGGGGGCUCCGGCGAUGGGAUAUUUUCUCCUGGUGGCGCUAUAUCUAACAUGUAUGCCAUGCUGAUUGCACGCUUUAAGAUGUUCCCAGAAGUCAAGGAGAAAGGAAUGGCUGCUGUUCCCAGGCUCAUUGCCUUCACAUCCGAGCAUAGUCAUUUUUCUCUUAAGAAGGGAGCUGCAGCUCUGGGGAUUGGAACAGACAGCGUGAUUCUGAUUAAAUGCGAUGAGAGAGGGAAAAUGAUCCCAUCUGAUCUUGAAAGAAGGAUCCUUGAAGCCAAACAGAAAGGAUUUGUUCCUUUCCUUGUGAGUGCCACAGCUGGGACCACUGUGUAUGGAGCAUUUGACCCCCUCUUGGCGGUCGCUGACAUUUGCAAAAAGUACAAGAUCUGGAUGCAUGUGGAUGCAGCUUGGGGUGGGGGAUUACUGAUGUCCCGGAAACACAAGUGGAAACUGAGCGGCGUGGAGAGGGCCAACUCUGUGACAUGGAACCCACACAAGAUGAUGGGCGUCCCCUUACAGUGCUCUGCUCUCCUGGUUAGAGAAGAGGGGUUGAUGCAGAGUUGCAACCAGAUGCAUGCUUCCUACCUUUUCCAGCAAGAUAAACACUACGACCUGUCCUACGACACUGGAGACAAGGCCUUACAGUGUGGACGCCAUGUCGAUGUUUUUAAAUUAUGGCUAAUGUGGAGGGCAAAGGGCACCACUGGGUUUGAAGCACAUAUUGAUAAGUGCUUGGAGCUGGCAGAAUAUUUAUACAAUAUCAUAAAAAACCGAGAAGGAUAUGAAAUGGUGUUUGAUGGAAAGCCUCAGCACACAAAUGUCUGCUUCUGGUACGUGCCUCCAAGUUUGCGUGUCCUGGAAGACAAUGAAGAGAGAAUGAGCCGCCUCUCAAAGGUGGCCCCAGUGAUUAAAGCCAGAAUGAUGGAGUAUGGGACCACAAUGGUCAGCUAUCAGCCCUUGGGAGACAAGGUCAAUUUCUUCCGCAUGGUCAUCUCAAAUCCCGCAGCAACUCACCAAGACAUUGACUUCCUGAUUGAAGAAAUAGAACGCCUUGGACAAGAUUUAUAA